AUGGGCAAGCUCCAGAGCAGGUUUCGGAAGCGGUCCGAGCUGUACAGGGCCUCGGAGCCUGAAAAGGCAGCGUCUAACAUAUCGGACAGUCUUGUGGUUCAAUAUGAACCGGCCCAUCGUGGCUCUAUCAACACAGUCACCAACCUCAGUGCUGAUCUUUGCGUUUCUGGAGGCUCUGACCAGGUGGUGGUGGUGUAUGAUUGGAAACAAGGCCACAUGUGUCAGUCUUUCCAGGGUCACAACAGAGAGGUUACCAAGGUAGCGUGUUAUCCGGGAAGCACGUGGAUAUUCAGCGCCUCGCGAGACAAGACGGUUCUCAUGUGGGACCUGAACCAGGGCGACGAGGCCAUUCAGGAGUUCUGCGGCCACCAGUUAGUGGUCAACGGGCUUGCCGUCAGUCCUGAUGGCCGCAAACUGUGCACGGGCUCCCGCGACAACUGCAUGUGUCUGUGGGACAUUGAAUCAGCCAAAUGUGAGCAGAGACGCAACAUUUCCAGAAACCUGGUGACUCAUGUGUGCUGGGUGCCAGGCAGCUCUGCGGUUGUCCAGACGUCAGAGGACAAAACCGUACGGGUGUGGGACAGCCGUUCAUGGCAGGUGACCAACACAUUUCCGGCCAAGCAAUACAUUCAGACCCACUGUGACGUUUCUGACAAUGGAAACUACCUGGUGUCCAGCAGCAAUGGUUUUGGAGGCCAAGGCUGUGAGGCCACUCUAUGGGACCUGCGUCAACCGGGUUGCAAGGUGGUGGAGUACCGCGGCCACCUGCAGACCACUGCGUGUUGCGUCUUCUUGCCCUCGCCACCGAGCGGAAGCGGCGUCGCUCUGGUGGCCACGUCCUCACAUGACAGCUCUGUGAAAGUGUGGGACCAGAAUUCUGCAGUCUGUUUAGCCACGUUAUCGCUAGAUGGCGCCGGUCCUCUGGUAUCUUUGGCACCGAGCGACACCUCCAAUGUGCUGUGUGCCAGCUUCAACAGUGGACUCCAUCACAUCCAGCUUCUCCAAGCAACAGGUGGAAACCUGGACGUUAGAGUGCUCGCACGCUUCUAA